AUGACCAAAUCUUCUUCCUUAGGAAGAUAUCUCGGUGCUCAUUUCUCGUCCUUCAAGCCAACAAAAGCAGACUACAAUUCUCUUCUUCAAAAGAAUAUCUCGCGUAUCAAUCUAUGGCAUGCUAAUUUCCUCUCAAAAGCAGGUAGAACCGUACUCAUUCAAAGUAAUCUGGAAGCACUUCCAGCUUUUGUCUGUUCUUCCUUCCUCCUUCUUCAAAAAACUUGCUUGAACCUAGAUUCUAUCCAUCGUAAUUUCUUCUGGAAGCAAUCGCCGACUUCUACUCAUACCCCACUUAUUUCAUGGAAUAAAAUUUGUCAACCUAAAAGUAUGGGGGGUUUGGGCCUUCAUAAAACGAGACCCCUAAACCAAGCUUUUCUAGCAAAACUUGGAUGGAAGAUUCUCCAAAAUGAUCAAAGUCUUUGGGUCUCCCUCAUUAGGAAAAAGUACCUUACGAACACGACUUUCUUUGAGUAUAAUCCAAAACCAAAAGACUCGUCUAUCUGGAAACAUAUCCUCAAUCAAAGAGAAAUUCUCCAUAAAGGAAUUCGUUGGAAAAUUGAAAAUGGGAAAUCUAUCAAUUUCUGGCUCGACAACUGGGUAAUCCAGGAUAACCUUCUCAAUCACCUGAAUCUGAACAUUAGUAAUGUUAAUACAAAUCUGCUCGUAUCUGAUUUUAUUCUUCCCAAUCAUGACUGGGAUCGUACUAAACUAGCUGGUACGGUCCCCCCAACCUUAGCCUUGAAAAUCCAAGGUCUCCCUAUUCCAACUACGAGUUUGGAUGAUACUCCAGUUUGGGGUGCUACUUCCUCGGGGGAAUUUUCUGUUAAGUCUGCUACUUGGUUAGCCCAUGGGUUGGCUCCUAAUCCUCAAAAAUGGGAUCAUAUCUGGAUCUAG